CCCCCGCGCUCUCUGAUUGGCUGCGGCUCCAGAAUUCCUUUAAACUCUUGUUCCCAGUCUCUCAUAUAAACGUCUCGCAGACGCUGCAGAAGCUCAGGAUGUGCGCGUAGGAGCUUCCCCGCCGUCUCCCUCGAUUACCACACUUUACAGAAGGUAAUGUUGGAUCUUUGUGUGUUUUUAACUCUGUUCGGAUCCAAACCGAAUCAUUUUCACAGCUGUGAACGUUUAUUUAACCCUUUAAAAAACUCCGUUUGUGUUCGCCUUGCUAAGCUAAAAGCUAAGUUAGCAGCGCCGCGAAGAUGGAUAUCAUGUGACAUCUGUGGAGUCAGGUGUCUGUGUCUGUCCGUGUUUACCUGUUUAUAUGAGACUUGUUGUCCACUCAGGGUUAACCACAGAAGCCGAGGACACCAUGAAGUCUCUGGUCCUGCUGCUCGGCCUCUCUCUCGGGCUGGUUUCGGCUCUCCCUGCUCCGGACUCCGGCAGUGGGAAGAACUGGGUCCUGAUCGUGGCUGGAUCUAACGGCUGGUACAACUACAGACACCAGGUCAGAGGGACUUAUCCACCCUUUUCUAUCUAUAUAUGAUACAUAUUAAUCAAACAGCACAACACUGACAGAUCUGUGAUAGACAAGGGGGGCACAGCAGGUGUCCUGAGGGGUGGGGCCGGAUGUUUGAGCCCCAUGGAGGAAGAUCACAUCAGGGACCAGACUGAUCAAACUCCUAAACACACUAAUUCAUCCAUAAAUGAUCAUUUUUCAUAACUUUAACAGUGUGUAACACCCUGAAAGAGCUCAAAAGAGAGUCUUCUUCACUUUUUUAUUGUUCUUUGUAAAUGUAAAUGUGCUUUAUUUUCGAUGAACCAAAGUGCUUUACAAUACAGAGUAAAAACGAAUAAAUAAAACAAAUAAACAGCAAUACAAAAAGAGCAAGAUAUGUUCGACGUGACAUAAGCAAAUGGCCAAAAGGAGCCGAAAACGGCGGAAUAACUCUUUAACCGUGCGUCUGAGAAAAAAGUUCAAGAAAUCAAAGAUCUCGUUAAGAUACACAUGCCUGUAAAAUUUCGGGCACAUCGGACAAAGUCGACGAUCGUGGCGCUCUGUAGGAGGCGCUAGUAAGCCAUUUUUUAUCACUUUAUUUGGGUCACUUUAAAACAUCGCAACUUUCACCAAUUUUCGUGGGUUUUCGAGGCCGUUUAGGGGGUUAAUUUGUGUUUUUAGGUGGUGUAAAAUAAUAAUAAUGAUAAUAACAAUCGAGAACCCCUUGGAUUACAUAGGGCUCGCACGCAGAGCUGCAAUAAAAUAAAAAGUCACCACGCUACUGGGUAUUAAAACCAGCAUAAACAAGUAUGUUUUCAAUCGGGAUUUGAAAAGGCUGAGGUCGGGAAUAAGUCUCAUUUCGGUGAGGAGUUUAUUCCAGAGCGACUGAAAAGUCUCGCCGACCUCCAGCAGAAGUUGAUUUGACGACCUCAGACCUCGACCCGGCUCCUGAAAAGUUAAAAGCUCAGUUAGAUAGAUGAGGGCGAGGCCGUUAAGAGCUUUAAAAACAAACAUUAAAAGUUUAAAAUCGAUCCUAAAAGAGACGGGAAGGACGGGAUGUGCUCACGUCUGUUAGUGUCGGUUAAAAGACGGGCAGCAGCAUUUUGGAAAAGUCGAAGGCGACUUGGAGAUGAUUGGAGCGUGGAUGACUAUCUCAAGGUCAUGACGGCUGAAAAACAUUUUGACCUCGGUUGGGAGACGCAGUUGGAAGAAACUAGUCCUGACGACAUGAUCAAUUUGUUUGUCAAACUUCAGGUGUUUGUCAGUUUGACUGAGCCGUCACUGUGUCUCCAAACACAAACAUUCACUCUUAUCAUUAUUUAAGUUUUUCAGAGAAACCUGAGUUUAUUAACAUGAAUCAAAAAUCACUUUAAAACAGUUUGCAGAUGUCUGAAUAGAUCCUUGAAUGUCGGUAGUGAUCUGCUAAUUUCUACCUCUGGUACCCUGGAUGCUUCAUGUGGGUUCAGGUUUACUCACUCCUGGUUACUUUUUAGAGUAAAUUUAUGGAUCAUUUAAUCAGAUUAGCUCCAUUUUACCAAACAGUAUGUAUCUGAGAUCUGUAAGUUUGACAGAAUAAGUGAGAAAAGCUGUAAAAAGUUGUUGCAGAGUGUCCCUGAAAGCCGCUGAGUCACUGCGUGUUUUCACUCUUCAGCCUUAAAAACUACAAAUUCUUUUCCAAACUUGAUCCACAUUCAGGGUAAAAUAAGGUCUCCUGAAACUGUUUUUAUCAAGUGCAAACAAAGCGUGACUCGAUUGUUUCUUUGGUUUUUGAUAAGAUCAGCUUCUCUCUCUCUCGCUGAUAAACACUUCCUCCUCCUCCUCCUGUCUGAGUGUUCUGCACCUGAGUCUGUCCGCUCACUUUAUCCCAUCAUAUUCAUUCAUAUUGAUCCCUCUUUGUGUCCGCCAGGCUGAUGCGUGCCACGCCUACCAGAUCGUCCACAAGAACGGCAUCCCUGACGAGCAGAUCGUGGUCAUGAUGUACGAUGACUUGGCGCAGAACGAGCAGUGAGUGGACAUUUUCGUGUUUCCUCUUCCUCACAGAGAUGUUGUAAAAUUAGAGACGUACAUAAGUGAGGACGGAGCCUCACGUCUUCCUCAUGUCGCUGUGGUAUGUGGGACCUGUGUGGGUCUUUGUUCUGGCAGCAGGAUGAAAUAAAGAGAGGAGUCACAAGGAACUGAUUUUAGAGCUCCUUCCUUCCUGCAGGACUUUGACUCUGAGCGAGGAAGAGGAGCAGGAGUGAAAUCAGAGCUGACACUUAGAGCACUUUAGUAAACACUCACAGCUGUGCUUUAGUUUACAGGGCGGAGUCCAGAUCCAUUUGUAGUUUAUUAGAUUUGAUGGAGGCAGAUUUUAACUUUAUGAAACUAAAUCAGCGGAAAAUGAGACACUAAAUAUAAAAGUUUGAGGAGGAAAUAUUAAAGGAAUAGACAGGAACAGCUGAUCGCCUGUUUUCAUCACCAUUGUCGUGUUAUUUUUCUUCUGCGUAAAAAUCAAUCAAACAUAUUUAAGUUACAUAAAGAGUUUAGUUUUAGAAAUGACCGAUAACACACAGAUUAAUCUGAUCAGUUAUUGAUUUCUGCUUCUGUAAACACGUUGAGGUAAUCCAGGUCAAGUUUUAGAGCGAAGUGACACAACGGCAUUGAUUUUCUUUAUUACCGUAUUAUCUAUAAAACACUUCUCUGAGUUUGAGUUAAUAAGUGACUUAUUAGAAAUCAGAGGAAGGUGAAACUGAUAAGAGAAGUUUGACUGGAAAUGUUGAUCGUGGAUUCAAACCAAAGAAUCAGAAAUACUUUAAUAAUCCUCAGGGGGGAAAACGGCUGUUACAGAAACUCCAGUGCAAAUAAAGUGGAAAGAGGAGAUAAAUAAGAGAUAAAGUAAAGAGAUAAAUAAUAGAUAAAGUUAAUAUAAAUAAGAGAUAAAAUAAGUAAAAAUAAAGAGAUAAUAUACAAGUAUGUUCACUAUAUAUACUAGGGCCCGACCGAUACAGAUUUUUGGGGCCGAUACCAAUUAUUAAGGGGGGAAAAAUCCGAUUUUUACAUUUGUUUUGUUAUUAAAAAAAAUACAUAUAUACUGUAGAUAUCUUCAACUUUUCAAAUAGUGGAACAUUUUCAAAGUGAAACUGAAUCUUAUUCUCCGUAUUUUAUUUCUGAAAAUAUUGGCUAAAAUCGGCGAGUUUUGGCCGAUUACUGAUUAGUCCCAAACGGGCUAAAAUUGACCGAGUUAAUCGUGUCGCCGAUAAAUCGGUCGGGCCCUAAUAUAUACACACAAAAUAGUAAAAGAUUCUGCCGUUUUGACGUUUUUAUCCGAGCUAAAUCACAGAAACCUUAUUUUUUCAUCGUCUCAGAUUUCUAUCUGGUGUUUUGUUGGAGGUUGUAACCGAAACUUGGCGAUGAUGUCCUGCUGAAACAGAGAUUCAGGUUUUUAUCAGUAAUCACCCGGAUUUUUCAGUAGAUGUUAAAAUCUUCAGGUUCUUUGCAGGUUAAUAUUGUGAAACAUGAUCUCCACAUUGUUGAACUUGAUCUUCGGCGUUAACUCGCUUUAUGUGUGUUCAUGAGGGCCCAGAAUCAGGGUUCCAGUGUCCCUGAGUUCGGGGAUGUCCCUGAUAAAAACAGAGAUGAUUGUUUUACAGUAAACUCUCCUCUCCAGCCGGUCAAACCUGUGCUCUCGUACUUUCCCUGUCGUUGGUUUUCCUCUACAGUAAAUGAACUCUUUGAACUAAAUUCCAGUUAUGAUCACAGGAGACUCAGAGAAGUUUCCACCCGUCAUGAAUAACCGUAACUCUGCGGUUUCUUUUCUGCCUCUUUAGUUUUUAGGGAACAUUUGUUGGUAUUUAAGAGGAAACACGAACAAAAGAUCAUCAAAACAAAAACUGUACGACCAAUCUGCAGCUCUGAGAGACACCGUCAAAAGUCCCUCCUUCACCAAACAGAUAGUAGACACACAGAUGGACAGAGUGGGUUAAAAAAAGUGAGGUUAGAGUCCAGUUUUUUCAGUCAUGAGUCUCUGUUGAGGUUUGGAAAGUGAUUCUGCGGUGAAAGAGGAAAAACCUGAAGUGCGUCGUCACCGUCACGAGCCGACUCACCUGAUCUGUGAAUCAUUCAGCGCCCAUCCUGCAGAAAUGUUUGGUCAGCGGUCUGCACUUCCUCAUUCUGAUGUUUCUCUGCAGGAACCCCACCCCCGGCGAGGUUAUCAACAGACCCAACGGCUCUGAUGUUUACAAGGGGGUCCCCAAAGACUACACCGGGGACGUGAGUGACCAUAUUUGAUCAGAGAGAGAAGAUCUGUGGAUGUUUGAGGAGGUCUGAAUGUUCAGGGGUCUGACGGGGUUUUUCUCUCCUGCAGGAUGUGACCCCAGAAAACUUCCUGGCUGUGCUGAAGGGCGACUCCGCCAGCGUGAAAGGCGGCUCUGGAAAAGUGCUGAAGAGGUAAAAAUAAAGACUCAGAUGAUCUCCUGGAGUUUCUGAUUCCCCUCCUCUAACUCCUCCCUCUCUGUGUCGUCUCUGCAGCGGCCCCAAAGACCACGUGUUCGUGUACUUCACCGACCACGGGGCCCCGGGUAUCCUGGCCUUCCCGAAUGAUGACGUGAGCGACUUUUACUUCCUCCUCUCUCUCUCUGAUGUUUACACCGAACAGGCGAGCUGCUUCACGACCAAAACGAACUCCAGGAAGAAAACUUUCUGUUUUUGUUGAACUGGUUUGAUCAGAUUUUUGAGACUCUGAAGUUUGAUCAUGUCUGAACAAAAGAGGCACAGAUGACUCAGAGGAGAAAAACAGAUUCAAACUGAUCCGUAUCUUUGAAAAACGAGUUAAUGUUUUAUCAAAACAAGAGCAGAGGCCGAGAGGAGGAAAGAAAACAGAUAAACGGACACAGACACGCUUCAUGGUGUUCAGAUGAGGCAUUCAGACACAGCAGUGAUGCUAUUUUUCCACCAUUUAUUCCACUUCUUCUUUUUAUGACAGCGUUUUAUAGCAGAUUUCACACAUUCAUCACUUCUUCAUCCUGCCUAUGUGUGACUUUUUACUAUCUUAAGACUUGGUUCUCUAAAUGUUACGACUUUAGUCUCCAAAUCUCAAAAGAUCAUCUUUAAAUUUGUCUCUUACACUCAGUGAAGUCAUUUUUCAGUCCAUGGUGUUUAUCAAAACUUCAUCUUUAAAGGGUGAUUAAAGUAAAAGAAGAGCUCUUUUAAAUCUGCAGACCUCAUAUUUUCUUUUAUCUGUUAAAUUUUACCGAGAAAAUCUGAAAACAAUCGAUAGUUUGGUUCAUUUCUGCUCCGUUUGGCCUCCUCUGCUGUUGCUCAGAGUACAGAUCUAAAGCCCCGCCCCUUCCUGGUUCUGAUUGGUCGUCGAAGAAGCACAUUUAAAAACAACUAAACACUGACCAAAGUGCUGUACAGUAAAAAACAGGGGGACAUAAAUGGUUCAAUAAAAACUGAAAAAGUGCAUUUUCAAGUUUGAUUUAGAAACAGGCAGUGAGGCGGACAGUCCAACAUGAAGAGGAAGAGCAAACUGAGAAAAGCUCGGUCACCCCUGAACUUCAAUCUCUGAUCAGAGGAUCUGAGAGUCGGCGAUAAAAUACGAGGUUUUAAAAGGUCAGAGAGAUAAAAUAGAGAAAGAGGUGACCGAGAGGAGAGCAGAAGUGAUUCAAAAAGCUGAACUAACUUUAACAGGAACAAUAUUUGGCAAUUAGCCGAUUAUCUGUAUCAGCACUAAUUUGAUAAACGAGUUAAUGUGCUGCCUCGGCGAAAUAUCACACUUGGCUAACUGUAAAGGAAGUGUGACCGGUUAACCAAUCAUCAUCAUGUGAACUGGCAUGGUUGACCCCUAAUGCUGAGCUCUAAAACACUGAUUUGUGUUGGUCUUGUGGAGAAAAUAGGCCCUAAUGCAGCACCUGACAAAGCUCUCAGUGUAGACAGGCCCUAAAGCACCUGAAAAUGUUGUUAGUGUAGACAGGCCCUAAUGCACCUGAAAAUGCUGUCGGUGUAGACAGGCCCUAAUGCAGUACCUAAAAACGUUGUUAGUGUAGUCAGGCCAUAAUGCAGCGCCUGAAAAUGCAGCAUCUAUAAACGCAGCACCUGAAAGAGCUGUUAGUCGAGUCAGGCCCUAAUGCAGCACCUAAAAAAGGUGGUUAGUGUAGAUAGGCCCUUAUGCACCUGAAAACACUGUCGGUGUGGACAGGCCCUAAUGUGUUAAAGGUUUUAGAGUCACAUGAUCCAAAGAUUAUCACUGAGGUUUGAAAAUCUAAAAGUACUUUUUGUUUUUAUUAAACUCCUGAGGUUUUUCUUGACUGUCUCUCUCUUUCCUUCGCUGCAGCUCAACGUCAAAGACCUCCAGGACGCCAUCACCUACAUGCACGAGAAUAAGAAGUACAAGCGGGUAAGUGAGUGAGUGUCUGUCUGUCGGCGUGUUUGUAUGUAGGUCACUGAUAAAGUAGCUGACAUGCGUCCUCAUGCCCACAGAUGGUGUUCUACAUCGAGGCCUGCGAGUCCGGGUCGAUGAUGAACAAACUGCCGACCGACAUCGACGGUGAGUUAAAGUUCAGCUCUGCACAAACACUUUCCAGUAAAACUCUGAGAUAAGAGCGGCAGACGUCGAUAAACGAGGAGCUCCUCAAUAACAACAUGAACUUGACCUCUUCCUCCUCCUCCUCUUCUUCUUCUUCUUCUUUGUGUCGACUCUCUUAUCUCGAUUUUGAACUUCCUGUUUCAUGUCAGGACCUGACCGAGUUCAGCUCUGCAGGUUUGGACUUUAAGCUUUUGACACUUUGUCAGAUCAGCAUUGUGGUCUGUGGUGGUUUUGGUGCCCGCUCUCUGUCAUGUGCUCGGCCUCAUGUGACGAUGAUCAUCACAGGAUCCACCGAGGAUCAAAGUCCGGCUUUUAUGACAUUAAACACUUGAGUCCGGCCUGAGCUCCAGUUUCUGCAGAGCGCCCCUGAACUCGAUUAAAGCUGAAGAUUCCAGUCUGUUAAGUUGAUUAAGUAAAGAAUAUAAAAGUGUUUCUUUUUAACGUGUAAAUGUCUCUUUGUGUGUUUUUCAGUUUACGCCACCACAGCCGCCAACAGCCACGAGUCGUCCUACGCCUGUUACUACGACGAGAAGAGGGACACCUACCUGGGAGACUGGUACAGCGUGAACUGGAUGGAAGACUCUGACGUGGUGAGAGGACCUGGAUCACAACAUAAACGGACCUCAAGUCCUCAUUCAGAUUAAAAAAUGAAAUUUGAAUGUCAGUUUGACUUUAAAGGAGAAUAGGGGUGAUUUUUUAAAUCAGGAGCCGACCAGUGAAGGAGACGGCGUUGAUGAGUCAAGUAUUUUAAAUUAAAAACAGGGUCAUUAGGGACAAAAACAAACAUUUGCAGCAGUUUUCAGAAACUUUCAUUUAUCAAAUAACUCAAAAUAACAGGAUAUCUUUCCUGCGAUAUUUAGUUUUUAAGAACUUUUUGACGAUCUCAGUCUCGUCGGUUUAUUUAUGCUGAAAAAAAUAACGACUCAAACCUUAAGAAGUCUUUUUGAGGUCUAUAAAUUUGUGAAUCAAUAGUUCAGGAUGAGACCUGAUUUGUUUACUUUACUAUAAACGAGUCAAACUCUUUUAGGCGUUUUCUUCUCAGUUGUUCCUGUUUCUUGACGUUUUUUUGUCUUGCCUCGUUCUUCCAGGAGGAUCUGACCAAAGAGACGUUGCUGAAGCAGUACAAGAUCGUGAAGAGCCACACCAACACCAGCCACGUCCAGCAGUUCGGGAACAAGGUAGAGAGAGAUCUGAGCGACUGUUUCCUCUUUUUAACGGCAGAGGAGUGUUGAAGCUGAUCAGAUCUACAACCCCGAUAAAUGACAGCAGUUUAAUAAUAACCAAUGAGGAACAAGCGUGGGUCGAUGUUUGACCACAUGAACACGAUAAUCUGAGAAUUGUUAAUAAACUCAUGAAGAAAAAGUCACUGACUCUCUUCGAUCAGCUGAUUGGAGACAACCUGCAGUGUUCAUUCUCCUCCUGUGUCCUUCUCUCCGUCAGACCAUGGCCCACAUGAAGGUGAUCGCAUUCCAGGGUAACGCCAAGGCGACCAGCCAGCCCGCCCCUCUGACCCACCGGCCAAUCACAAACCCUGACCUGACCCCGAGCCCCGACGUCCCCCUGGCCAUCCUGAAGAGGAAGAUGAUGUCCACAAACGAUCUCAAAGCUGCCAGAGGCCUCCUGACGGAGAUCAACGCCCACCUGAAGGUGAAGAGCGACGUUUAGAUCCUGAGAACCUGAUCUGAGGCGAGGUCGACCUCUUCAAAUGUGACAGCUCUUUAUAUGUGUCUGUGUCCAGGUCAGGGAGAUGAUGGCGGACACCAUGCGUAAAAUUGUCGGGAUGGUGACGGCGGACAGGCUGCUGACUCAGGAGGUCCUCAGCGAGCACGCAGAGCUCACCCAGCACCAGUGCUACCAGCCCGCCAUGACCCACUUCAAACACAACUGCUUCAACUGGCACAAAACCGAGGUAAACGCACACCAUAGAAGAAGAAGAAGAAGAACGAGGUUAGUGUAGGGACAGUGACGGCAGGAAACAUCUGCAGCUGAAACUCACCCACACAUCUCAGAAUCUGGUUCUGUCUGUUAAGAGGAAGAUCAGUUUCACUUGGUCAGUAAAGUUUGACUCGCAUGAAGACGGUGAAAAUGCAGAAUGAGCGGUUUUUAUUUCUUCACUCUCAAAGUCUUACAACAUUCGGUUAUAGAUCAGCUGAUUUCAAGUCUUCAAGUCUCAAGCAGAGGAGGAAUGAUGGACAGACAGAGGAAGACCGCCAUGUUUCUUUUUGACAUUUCUGAGUCUCAGAGUAAAGUUAAUUUAAACUUUUCCAUCAGAGUAACGUCAGAACUUCUCUCCUCUUCUGAAGUUACCUUUGAACAUUUCUCGGGUACUUUCACGCCGCUGUAGGACGACGACUCUCAAAAUAAUAAAACCUCUUUUUCUGGCUCUGUGUGACAUUUUCAGACCCACAAAAACAACCUCAGGGGACACAGACAGGUGUUUGACAUUUUCAGUGUGUGUGAGACUCAUGUGAUGUCCUCCUGUGUUUCAGUACGAAUACGCUCUGAGACAUCUGUACGCUCUGGUGAACCUCUGUGAGAGAGGAUACUCCGCAGACAGGUAUGUGUUUCUGUUUGUCUCUCUCUGUGGUUUCAUGAUUCUCCUUCAGCAGCUUCUAUUUCUAAUUUCUAUACCUCCUUUUAUGGGCGGUUUCAGUCCUUUAUUUUGACCCCGUCUGCUCCGCUGAUAUAAACACUCUCAGCUUUGAAUAAAUCUUAAAGAUGCGCUUACUGAAAAAGACCGCAACCAUCUUUUGAAGAACAUAAACACCUUUUUUAGGCAUGUAAAUAAAAACUUUUGCCACAGCUGAUGUGUACUGAUAAAAAGGUCACAGCUUGUGGUUUUUGCACACCUAACGCCUAGAAACUAAGAUGCAUUCAGGACGGUGGGAUAUUUUGACACUCUGAGAUCUCAAGCAGAACAUGCACAGGAGAUAUCUGCUGUUCCUUCACCUCUUAAGGGUCUUUUAUUUGUGUCUCUCAGGAUCCAGGUGGCCAUGGAUGCAGCGUGCAGCUUCAGAGAGUAACGGCCCCGCCUUCAAACCCGUGAACGUCUCACACCAAACUUCCUCCUCAGAGCUGGAGGACCCGAGGAGACGCGGAGCUUCUCUUUGCACUUCAUAGGAAAUCAAUCUGACGUGGAGUUGACGUUAAUAUUCUAUCAACACACUAACACUUUUAUUUUUUUUUAAACACGUGACGUUUUCCUGAUUUUAAUGAGAAUUUUAAACUUGUUUUACGACGAGUUGCACUUUUGCUGUGAAGAAUUUUUGAUAUUUUUUCUGCUUCCGAUGGUUUUGAGGACAGAAGGAUGGCGUACCAUUCGUGUCCAUUCGUUCUGCUCUCAGCUUUAUUUGUGGUACAGCUGCAUGGAGGAAUGUUUCAUGCUCAUGUGAAGGACAUACUACUGAACAGUGAAUGUUUAAAAAAAAACUCAAGACAAUUUGUAACACAGGGAUCUUGAAAUAAAUCAACCAAAACUCAUUUUGCCUUUCGCC